AUGACAUCAACAUAUGAGCUAGCACAAUUCUUACGAGAAACUGGUCCAGAGCCAUUGAGCAGCCCAAACAAAUUACGUAAGAUGAUCGAUAAAUAUCGCUCCAAAUCUUCCACGCAGCGGAGCACAUUGCCGGCUAUCCUUAUCGAUUACAAAGAAUCCAGGGAAGAAAGUUUAGACGGGAGGGCCCCACGUGACACAAACAUGUCGAAUUCCACCCCUUUAAACCCCGCAUCAAACCCCGCUAAAUCUUUCCCCGCUGCCUCAAACAUCACCCCAGUCAGUCUCACGCCAUGCAAUAUAACAACGGCUUCGCACGACAAACUCGUGAACCUUGUGCACUGCGUUAACAUAAUCAAGAACGAUCUGCUUAAGGAGCACAGUAGGCGGCUAGCAGCAGAGCAAAGGGCUUUGCGCGCUGAAGAACUUGCUAGGCUGGCACUGAAUAGACUUUCUAGAUAUGAAUGA